GGCGCGCGCAGGCUGGGAGCCGGAGCGGCCGGUGGCGGGUCCGGGUAGCGGCCCCUCCCCCCGCUGCCGCCAUGAGCUUCCUGAUCGACUCCGGCAUCAUGGUCACCUCCCAGGUGCUCUUCUUUGGAUUUGGGUGGCUGUUCUUCAUGCGCAAGCUAUUCAAGGACUAUGAGGUGCGGCAGUAUGUGGUGCAGGUGGUCUUCUCUGUGACCUUCGCCUUCUCCUGCACCAUGUUUGAACUCAUCAUCUUUGAGAUCCUGGGGGUGCUAAAUAGCAGUUCCCGGUAUUUUCAUUGGAAACUGAACCUGUGUGUGAUUUUGCUCGUCCUAGUCUUCAUGGUGCCUUUUUACAUUGGCUACUUCAUUGUGAGCAAUAUUAGACUAUUGCACAGACAAAGGCUGCUCUUUGCCUGUGUUGUUUGGUUGACAUUCAUGUAUUUCUUCUGGAAACUGGGAGAUCCAUUUCCUAUCCUCAGCCCAAAACAUGGAAUCCUGUCCAUAGAGCAGCUCAUCAGCCGAGUGGGUGUGAUUGGAGUGACACUCAUGGCUCUGCUUUCUGGAUUUGGUGCAGUUAACUGUCCGUACACAUACAUGUCCUACUUUCUCAGGAAUGUGACAGAUGCAGAUAUUCUAGCCCUGGAGCGCCGUCUCUUACAAACCAUAGACAUGAUCAUCAGCAAGAAGAAAAGAAUGGCAAUGGCCCAAAGGACCAUGUUCCAAAGAGGGGAAGUGCACAACAAACCCACCGGCUUCUGGGGAAUGAUAAAAAGUGUUACCACAUCGGCCUCUGGCAGUGAAAAUCUGUCCCUUAUCCAGCAGGAAGUGGAUGCGUUGGAAGAGCUCAGUCGGCAGCUUUUCCUGGAAACUGCUGACCUGCAUGCAACUAAGGAGAGAAUAGAAUACUCCAAAACUUUCCAGGGGAAAUACUUUAAUUUCCUGGGUUACUUUUUCUCCAUCUAUUGUGUCUGGAAAAUCUUCAUGGCAACCAUCAAUAUCGUAUUUGAUCGAGUUGGGAAGACUGAUCCAGUCACAAGAGGAAUUGAGAUCACUGUAAAUUAUCUGGGAAUCCAGUUUGAUGUGAGAAACAUUUAAAACCCCCACUCACAUCAGUAAUUGCUGUUUUAUCUAUUACUAACUGAACUGGUGGUGUGGGAGCAGCUGGUGGGGAUUAAUGGGGCUCUGAGAAGGGGCUUAGAUUUCUCCACCAAUCUGGGAGCACAUCAUUUUAACCAUGUUUCUAGUGAAAGUUAAUGCUGGAGGAUGUCCACUAUCCACACAAUAGGCCUAUUGCAUGUUAGUAGCUCACCAUGCUGCAUACCCUGACCUGGAGGGAGGAAAGGGUCCUUUGAGCUUUCAUGUCACGGUCCCAUGAGAUGCGAGCAUUCCAUUCACCCCCAUCUUAAUGGAGUUAUUGCCAUAGGUGGUUGUAUAUAACUCUCAGGCAGAGAUUCAUGGUUAGAGCAGAGAACUCUGAGCUGGAUUUUUGUUUGUGGCUCUGCUAUUGACUAAUGUCCUUGGAGAAGUCACUUAACCAUUAUGAGCCUCAGUUUUCCAAUCUGUAAAAUUAGAAUAAUACCUGUCUUUUGGGAUGUUGAACACUUCAAUGGAGGGCACUAUGGAAGUGGCUGUCCACAACGUGUCAAUAUGUGGAGGGGUGCAGUGGACAAUGUGUGUGCACGUACACUGCGUGAAUUUACAGUUCAUGUGAAUAGAUCUCUGAGGACUUAGAUUAGUAUUUGUUAAUAAGAAUGGACAACGUACUCAGCUGUGAAUAAGAGAUGAAUACAACAAGCAUUCUUAUUAUUGUGAAUAGUAAUAAGUGUGUGCUUGCAUAAUUUGUAUACUAGUUGGUUUGUGGCACAUGAUUACAAGUGAAACAUGAAAUGACUCCACCUCCCCGGGGGUGUGCUCCAUUUGAAUUAGGGCUUGUGUUUUUAUUUCUGCUUAUUUCAGCUUUCACUUUUU